UGAAUAUAUUAGGUUAUGGGCAGCCUCACCGACAUCCAUUGAUACUACCAAGUUCAAGUACAUACCAGAAAUGGUUUCAAGAGCCACGAGUUCCAGGCCGGAACUUCUUGCAUCCCCGUAGGCGUUCCGUGAUUCCUUGUUCAAUCAUGAUGGAAUUUCCAGCAACAACUGACAAAGUUCUCCGGAUGAGUUAUCGUAUUGCAAGAGGAGAGCAAGGCGUUCUGACAUUUGAACCUUAUAAAUCUGCUAUUCUGCCAUUGUGGCGCUUCAAGACUCCUGCGAUAGCCCGGAAGAGUUCUGCUGACCUUUGGGAGCGGUUCGAAGAAUAUGGAAGACACAAUGAUUUCGUUGGGAUGGAUAUGAGCCGGAAAUUCAUUCAGAUGGGCAUGACAAGAGCCAAGCGAUAUGCGAAUCAUGCGGGAGGACGGAAGUAUGACAAGACCUCUGGCAAGGAGCUAGAGAAAUCCUCUUCCCACGCAGGCGCCAAAGAUAAGCUCGAAGCGUCCAAUAUCUUUAGAGAGUACUGGGAGAAGUGCAAGGCGCAUGAGCACUAUGCUACCCUAAAGCAGGAUUUUCAAGAAGAGCAGAAGCAGUGGGACAAGACGAAACGCCACGAAGAAGACGGCUGAGCGUCUGGCUUCAAGCAACGCCAGGUACCGGUGUCCUCCACCUUGG